AUGGUGCGCACAUGUUUUGACUCGAAAGUGCUGAGCUCCUCUCCUUCCUCCUCCGCAUCCAGCUCAGACGAAUCGGCUUCUCCCUCUAAAAAGGGAUAUUCCAUAGUCGGGGGCCCCUCUCUUGACGGCCACCAGGAGCAACGUGAUGCCCCGAAGAUUCGGCCAAUGACUACAGAUGAUUUCGUCUUAUUGGAUCGUUUGGAAAGGCGAGUUGACGUACAAAGCUUCGCGACUGUCUUGAAGGCGUAUUUGAUUGUGCGGACUCGCUUGGCUGCGAAGAGGGCGGACAGGGAGUUUAAGAGACGCAGGACGAAGGGUAGGAAUGCGUCCGCAGGGGCCGAAGGGUCCACCAUGAAGGGCCCUUUGAUGUCUCCAAAGAAGGUGAGCAGCAGAGUGGCUCUUCUUAGCAGUUAUAAGCCAGAUGCCUAUGACGCAGAAGAGCAGAGGCAAGGAGAUGAAAAGCAACUCGCGAGAGGUGCCAGUUUCUUUCGUCGCCUGUGGUCUUUCAAGAAGAGCGACAGAGAAGAAGAGGCGAGGCCAACCACUGUCCUGACGACCACGUCAAACAGCAGCAGCACAUCACCCAGAGCGGCUGCGCGAGCCCACGUUAGCUAUCCAAAGAACAUAACGGCGUGGGAGACGGAGUCGAGUCUGCUUGAGCAGCGUUUGUCGUUUUUAGGAUGCCGCACAGUAACAUCCGUAGGGGACGGCAACUGCCAGUUCCGUUCGUGUUCAUUCUCUCUAUUUGGGAAGGAGGACGAACAUCGGCAUGUGAGGCGUAUGGCUGUCGCACAAAUGCGAAAAUGCCGCAAAGAUUAUGAAGUCUUUUUUGAUGGCGCCCCAUUGUUUGAUAGGUAUUUGAGAGAUAUGGAGCGAAGCGGCACAUGGGGAGACGAACUGUCUCUCCGUGCAGUGGCCGAUGCGUUUUGCUGCACCAUACACCUGAUAACAUCAACCCCAACGAGCUGGUACCUCCGCUACGACCCUGAGCGAGACGGAGCAAAGGUCAGCCCACAAAGACACAUUUUCCUCACAUAUAUUUCGCCCAUACACUACAAUGCCUUCUACCUAAAGGAAAGCGUAGGCACGCCAAGUAAGCCGGGAUAG